UGUACGUCUCUUUAUUUUGUGCUCACGUGGGACGUUACUGUUUGGAGAAUCUGUAUUAUUGCGUCUUUGACCGCAUUCGUGAAUGCCGCCAUGAAUGCCUCCAUGAAUACUGCCAUGAAUGCUUUUUACUAUAGAGUCAUGGGUUCUCCUUCAGUAAGCCCCCUUACAGCUAUAAAAGGUGAGAUAGAGGCCUUUGCCAGAAGCACCAAUGUGUAGCAGCCAUGGCUUAUCCUUGGUGUUCUUGCUCUCGCCCUCCUAAUAUUUGUGUAGUCCUUUCCAGCAAAAGGUGCUAGAAUAGAACUUGCGAGUGGCAAGAAAAGUCCCUGCUACCUUAUCCCGCAACCCCGAUGCUCUCAUCGGAUCUAUUCUGGACAUCAUGUCCUUGCAUCUUCCAAUGUGGCAAGUUUUCUGUGAACUGGUUGUAGGUAUGUAUGUCGUUCUUAUGGGGUUGCCUGUUUCUGGGUGCCCAAGAACUGACAUCUCUGGCAGAAAGGCUUAAUCUUGUCACAACGUAUUCGGGGAGAAGAAGAAAUUUCUCCACAAGAUACUACAAGAGGAUUUGAGAGGCGAUUACUGUAAUAUGCCUCCAUACUCUUGAAACUUUUCUCCCAGAGUACGAGUAUCAUUAUUCCCUUAAUAGGAAUAACAAGUUUGUACUUUUUCAUAGCCUCAGGCUGAUCUAGCUGUAGCAGGUUUCCCAGGAAGCCAAGAAGUGUGCGAGCAGACCCGAGUCGCUGUAAAGUUAGAUAGGAAAAAAUACUCGAGUUGUAAUAUCGAGUAGUUAUACUGUGUCGAGUACUUUUUCUUAUUCUGAAAUGUAAUCUCAAUCCAAGAAUAAAGAGUCGAGUAGUUGACUUGGGAUGUGAGUGUUUUCUUUUUCCAGAGUGUAAUCUUAGAAAAAGAGAAUGUCUCAGGAAAUCCCAUUUUUUCCGCGAUUUGCAACGGACUGUUGGUCUGUUGGGUGUUUUUACCAUACUGCCACUACUAUUAUAAAAUGAAACGGUAACUAGGUUUAACCCCACCGGCCGCCAUUCACUUUUACUGCUUUAGAUCUAUUCUCACCCUCAAGCUCCCAGAUCUAAAGUUCUUGCUUCCCUUUGCUCCCUAUUUUCUUCCUAGAGUUUCCGCCAGUGUAUGCGUGUGAAGCGAUCCGUUGAUUUCCGGAUGGCUCCCAAGAAAGCGAAUAAGGGGAAGGGUGCGGCUGCCGAGCCAACCCGGGAAGAAGGCUGGAACACAAGUGCUCCCAAUCUGACCUUGAAACCUUAGUUUCGGAUGGUCUUUUGGUUCCCAAAUCUCUUAUCCAAUGGCUUCCUGCCUUGGGUAAGGAUCAUCCGUAUGAAAAUACGGGGGAAAUUGUUGCUUUCACACCUUAUUUGGAAUGGAGAUUGGGGUUUCCUUGUUCGCUUUUUUCUCUGGACUCCUGCGCUACUACAAGAUCCAGCUCCACCAUUUAAUCCCAAAUUCCUUUGUUCAUAUUUCGAUCUUCGUGCAUCUGUGCGAAGCUUUUCUGGGCAUCGAGCCCCAUUUUAAACUCUUCCAAUUCCUUUUCCAUUUGAAGCCGCAACCAGACUCCUUUGUUUUAGAUGUAGUAGGAGGUGCGGGUCUGCAACUUAGGCAAAAAAAGGAUAGCGAGUAUAUCUCUUAUAGUCUUAGCAAUAAAGUAAUCGAAUGGAAGCCCAAGUGGUUCUAUGUCGAGAACCAGUGGGAAAGCUUUCCAAUGAUAACACCAGGCCCACCAAUUCAAUGGCCUAAGUGGAAUAAAAAACCAAUCGAUGAGAGUCAGAUCCCUGAACUGCUCGAGCGAAUUGCUGUUCUGAGGCAAAAUAUGUUAACUGGAGAAGCAGUCGUAUUCGACUGGAUGAAGAGAAGGAUCCAGCCAUUACAGGCUCGGGAAACACUUGGUUUCCAGUAUCAAGGAACAACUGACCCAUCAAGAUACUCGAAGGAAGAGAUCUCGGAUGAUGAUGCGUUUAGUCGAGUACAACGACUGUUGAAGAAUGUAAAGAAAAUCCCAGUUGUUCCUGAUACUUUUUCUACUGCGAGUCCUCCGAAGAAGGUACUUGAUAAGAGUAGUCGAUACACAGUGAUCGAGUACUUUAGCAUAGUAUAAAUUUGAUAGGAUUUGCUUUCUGUAGGAGGACGUGGAGCGCUUUAAGAGUAGUCCUUCACCGCCAGGCAUUUAUUCACCCUUUUGUUCUUCCAAACUUUUGAUCUGUUAACCAAGUCUUAGUAUGCCCAUAUUUCAUAUAAACAGUACUGAUGUAUAACCUUGGUUGUGCAGAUGAGGAGGCGGCUAGGGGAGGAGUGAUAGGGAGCUCAGCCCUACUCCGAGUACCGAUACCCAAACUAGGCAUCCGAAGGGUACUUGAUCGGUGGCGAGGAAGCGUCCCAGCUCCUCCCAAACUGCUAGCGACAGUGAUACAUUCCUGGGAACGAAUGAGGAGGCUGAAGAUAACUUAGCCCCUAAAACAUCGAAGAAGCUUCCGAGCACUCCAGAUAUGAGUGCUCGAGAUGCGGAAGCCAUGGCCAAUGCCAUGCUUCUAGAUUCUCCACUUCCUGAUAUCGAGAAGAGCGAUGAAAGGGUCCCAGAGGAGAGUGGAAGCGACAAUCUUCCGAAUCAUGAUGAUGGUGAGAAACUUCCUGAGGGAGGCGGCGAGAAGCAGCCUGAGGAGACCCCUGCAGAUUCCCAAAACAUAGGGAAUACUGUAGGGAGGGUUGAAGAUGUGCCCAAGAGGGCUGUAUCUGAAGUGCAGGCGAGUACUUCUCAAGUCUCAUCGGGAAGUAACUUGCUGCGAGAGAAAGUGGAGCUUGCUUUCAAGCUGCUGGAGGAAGCACUGGGACGGGAGGGUGGCCGAUCCCAGGACGAUACAGAGCUGAAUGCCCUGAAAGAGAGGGUUAAGACGCUCUCGACCGGAAGGCUGCUCUCGAGGGGAAGCUUAAGAAGCUCUCCCAAUCCAAGAAAGGUUAGUCUUUAGCAUACAUGAUGCAGUCAACUAGUUGAUCUGCUUGGUGUUUAAAAGAUUUUCUUUUAAUCGAGUACACAGCUUGUGCAAAAUCUUUAAAGAUUCAGGAAAGCUUGGUACUGGAUCUAAAGAUUUUUAUGUACCGAAACACAGAUGAGAUUGAAAGACUCAAGAAGAUCAAGGCGGAUUCAGACCAAGAGAUGAAAGGCGCCUUGAAGCAGCUGAAGGAGCUAUCCGAAUCCUGAGAUUCGAUGUAGCAAGAACUUGUCGCGCUGCGGGAAGUCAGGGACGCUGCCCAGGAAAUAGCUGAGGCUAUGGAUAUCUCUGAAGGGGAUGGAGAUGAACUGCUUUCAUUAGCGGGGAGACUUCAUAAAGUACCCGAGGCCUUCGAGAGGUAUGUCUCCACAAUCACCCGCUAGUACGUGGGUCACGUACUCGGGCUGGUGAAGUCUUACUGGACAUCUACUCAUCUGGACGCACUUGGGAAGGGAGCCAAAGCUGACUGUACGGAUGAGCAAUUCCGUCAGUAUGUGGAAGAAACUUCCGUGGUGGCCAACCAGAUUGUGGAGUCCCUGAACAAGCCUGAUUCUCCUUGAUCUUCGAAUGAGUUUGAGUUGGCACGUGGGCCGGGAGUACUGCUUGGACCAAUAUUGAAUAUUUGUGUAAUGUUUGAGUACUCGUUUUAUGGUAGGAUUGUGAAAUCCUUUGAUGUGUCAAGUAGUUAUACUCGAGGAUCCUGAGUGUAGGCAGCAUCGCGCCCACUCAGUUAUAAUAGUAGAUGCAAUAAAUUGUACCCAUGAAUGCCUUGUCACACCCUGAAAUUUUUGAAUUUCAGGAUGUGAUUAAAAUUUAAAAUAAAUCCAUAAUUUUCUCAUAAUUUUAAAAUUUCCUCAACAUUUAUUUUCUUCAUAGGGAAUUUGGUAUUAAAAAAUAUAAUAAUUGAUUGUCUUCUAAAUAAAUUAAAU